AUGGACAAAAUAUAUGACAAGGAAGUCCAACCAAAGGACACAAUCCAGGACUGGAUUAACACCGCCUGUGAAAUAGAUGGACAGCUUAGAGCCAGAACUGCUCAAAAAGCCAUCCUCACUGUUAUGAUCACAUUCUGUCGGGCCUUAACGGCGGUCUAUACCGACACGAUCAUCACAAAUAUCAAGCGGCCUCACAAGCCCGUAGAGGCGUUCAACCAGUUCGAGGAAACUCGAAGAGAUGCAUGGGUACGACAGGGAGAAGAAACCGUACAGUUGAUUUGGAAGGAGAAGACGACACACCCGCUAUGGGAGACCAAGCAGGAAUAUAUCGAGGAAUGGAGGCGGAGAAUGCUCAUUGCAAUGACCAGCGGGUACCACAACCUGGUCCUUUGA